AUGAAGAAGCACAAGGUGAAGGACGCGGCGUCGUCCGUGAACAAGAAGGAGCGUUUCCUACUCACUCGCAAGACAUGGCGGUACAUGUGGGACUCCGGCCGGAAGUUGUUGCCGGAGGGCGACCACACGGCCGAGGACCUGGCCAAGAUCGAGGAGCAUUUCCAGCGGGUCUGCCGGUCGGAGGAGGGAUUCCUCCUGCUCCAGACGGAGUCCGGCGGCGGUCCUCUCCGGACUCCGGACCGGGACCUGUCGGAGGACGAGGUCGACGCGGAGGACGAAGACGACACGGAGACGCCGCUCGUGUCGCUCGGCGAAAGCGUCACGCCCCUGGCCCCCACCGACGAGGAUCCGUUCGACUUCAACAAGCCCCAUCCGGUCCCGUCGCAGAGUUACAUCCUGCAGCCGGGUUCCAGCCUGUCGCAGCCGAUUUUGGCCGUGCCGGCUCGCGACGCCGCCUUGCGACGCGGCUCCAAACUCACGACCUACGAGGACGGAAGCGCCGUCGUUCACGCCCUGCACGUCCUCAAGCACAAAGGUCAGGAGCUGAUCAAGAGCCGAGAGGACCUGUCGACCAUCCGAGGCGUCCCCUUGAAGUCUCGACCCCCGGACCUGCAACUGCAGCCGGAACAAUCGAAGCGAGUGGAGAGACGCAUCUCGAGGGCCGUCCAGACCCUGCCGUUUUACGACCCGGACUCCCUGGUCGACGAACACGGUCAAAAGAAAGGCGACGAACUGCCGUCGGAGAAAAGCCACGAAUCCAAGCGAAACUCGGCGGAUUCCGGCCUCUCCGAAUCCACGCUCGAAACCAUCAAACGCUACUUCAAGCUCGUGCGACGGAACUCGAAAAGCGAGAAAGAAAAACUGGACAAAUUCCGCAAGGUGAACUACGACAAAACCCUCCGAGACAUCAAGGCCAAGGGCGACCAAUCCGUCUUCGUGGACGAAGGAAACUCGAAAGGCGUCCAGGUGAACGAACCCUUCCCCGUGUACACGACCGCCGCCCCCGGCACCUCACCCAAAAUGGUGAUGAAAACCGUGACGAUGACGUCAUCGGCCGCCGCGAGCGACCGGUCCAGCGAAGGCAAGGGAAGCCUCCCGACCAGCCCCCGCUAUUCCAUCACGGUCUGCGACGACCUGGGCGUGAGGGAGCUCCGCCAGGCGAUGAUGAUGCAGGACCCCUCCCGCCAGUCCAUGUCGGACACGGGGCAUCACAGUCAGAUGAGCAGCAAUCGCUCCAGCGUGGAGAUCGAGAUCGACGAAGUGUUCCCCAGCAGCUCCGCCUCCACCCCCCUGUCCCCCUUCUCUCCCCCCAUGGCGGCCACCCCCCCGAACGUCACCAGCCCGCCGCCGCACAAAACGAGUCAAGGCGUCUUCCACGAAUCCGGAUUCGUGCCGACCGACUUCUGGCAGCAGCUGCAGCAGCAGCAACAACAACAACAACAGCAACAACAAUACUCCCAACAGCAACAACAGCAACUGCCGCAACCACAAAUAGGUCAACCAGCACACGUAGGGAGUCAUGCACAAGCACAGAGCCAUCCUCAACAGCAUCCGCAUGUCCCAGUACUUCAUCAGUCGCCAGGUAAUGCUAUCUCGCAAUCAGGAGCACAGGGUGCCGUCUCUUGGCCAGAAUACGUACCUCUUAUUCAGGGGAUCCACUUCGCGCACUUCUUGCAGUCUCAGCAGACUCAAGCUCCCAAGCAGGGCCAAAUGAUAGUGCAAGGACUAAUUGCACAGAGUCCGUACGUGAUGCCCACUCACGGAAAGUCGGGGCAACCCGGAACGACCCAGUUGGCAACUAUCGGACAGGGCUUCGCCGCAGCCUCUCCAUCGUUUAGUCAGCAGCCGGCGCUUGCCCUGCAGCAAGCGGGGCAGCAGGGAUACUCCGUAACGGGACAAGCUUACGUGCAGCAGCCUGGGCAGGCAGUCAGGGCUCAGGGGCAACAGGCAGGCCAGGCGACGCAACUUCUCGGCCAACAGAUGGGACAGAUAGGGCAGAUUCGCGGGCAGCAGCUCGGUCAAAUGCAGCAGGGAUACGUCCAAUCCCAACAGCAACUGCAACAGAGUCAAUCGGCGCAGGGCUACCCAUUGCAGACACAGGGAUACCCAUUGCAGACACAGGGAUACCCAUUGCAGGCACAGGGAUACCCAUUGCAGGCACAGGGCUACGCAUCGCAGGCACAGGGGCAAGCAGCACAAGCAGGACACUCGGCACAGCACCAGGCAGGGCAACCGUCACAACAGGCACAGUCAAACCUCAUGCAACAAUAUGCACAACCUCACGUCCUCAUGCAACAACACGCACAACCUCACGUUCUCGGUCAACAACACGCACAACCACACGUCCUCAUGCAACAGCAUUCUCAAGCUCACGCCCUCACGCAACAGCAUGCUCAGACUCACUGCCGGGGAGGGGGAAGGAUCAACUCGGAGGAGGAGGGGGAGGGAGAUCGGUCGCUAAGAAGAUCUGGAGAGGGAGGUCCCGAAGCCAACCCAGGGGCACCGGGGGAACCGGGACACCUUGCCAUUGGGCUCCUUCGAUCUUGCUUCUUCGCCCAUCGAGGGCCUCCUCCAACGCCAUCAAAGCUGGGAAAGGGAGUGUGGAGGAACACCGCCGGCCGCCAGGUGACCCUAACAGACACGACCCUCCUGGAACUAAGCGAGAUGGAGCGCGUCCACCUCCAGCAGGUGGCCGUGAUGCAGCUGGCGGAGCUGAACCUCGGCUGCCCCAUCCGGAUCCCCAAAGAGACGGAAUUGAACGGGUCCGGAGGGGAGAAGCCGAAGCGGCGGGCCCACCUGCUCAAGCGGAAGGCCGUCUCCACGGGGCUCAAGGUCCCGGACAAGGCCGACUCUCAUCUCUCGCCCGAUACACGCAAAAUAGAUAGACGGCAUCUGGCUGGUUUCACAUGGAGGACGAAAGUCCCUCUAGAAAAACAUAGCACAUUUCUCAUUCCCUUUGGAUCGUCAAGUGGGACCGGGACAAUGAAGUCUCUCCUCUUGUGGUUCUUGUCGGUCGGCUUGGCCAUGGCCAGCACUAGCCACUGGCCUCAAUUCGACAAACGUCAGCCCUCCCCAAUUUAUUCGCAAAAGCUCCAUCUGCCACCGACGAGGCAAGAGCCGAGCCCCGACGAGCUUCUUCCAACUCACCUUGUGCCGUCAACUUAUAACGUCUCCCUCUUGCCUCGAUUCGACGAGGCAGCCGGAUUCCCAGUCGAGGGUCAUGUGGCUAUUCACGUGACAUGCAACUCUCCGGCCAACAACGUCACGAUGCAUGCAGUCGACAUGACGUUCCGAGAGUUUCAGGUUUACAAAGAAGACACCGGCGAAGAGGUCACAGUCUCGGGAACAGAACAGGAUCCAGAACGAGAUUUGCUCAUCAUCAAUUUGGACGGCACCCUUCAAACAGGCACGAAUUACGUGAUAGAGAUCUGGUUCGAUUACCAACUAACCGUGGACCUAUAUGGCUUUUAUCUGGGAUAUUAUGAACAAGACGGAGAAACCCAUUACUUGGCUUCUGCGUUCUCGGAACCAAUCGGCACGAGGCAAGCCUUCCCAUGCUUCGACGAGCCCGCACUGAAAGCAACCUUCACCGUAACCCUCGGCCGCCAGGAGACAUGGACAUCGCUGUCAAAUAUGCCACUGAGCGGGAGCAGCCCCAUCCCCGGUGAGCCAGGCAUGGUCUGGGACACCUACGAAACCACUGUCCCCAUGCCAACGUAUUUGGCGUGCUUCGCCGUUUCGGAAUUCGAGUCCGUUUCCUCGGACGGCGACACUCCUUUCGCAGUCUGGGCGAGGAGAGACCUUAUAGAGUUGGGAGAAUACGUACUCACUAAGGUCCACGGAAUGGUGGCAAGCUUCGAGGAACUUCUGGGGGUAGAGUACUCCUUGCCCAAAAUGGACCUCAUCGCCCUGCCACAGUUUGCACCAGGUGCUAUGGAGAACUGGGGUCUCAUCACCUAUCGGGAGUCAUUGCUCUUGGGUGAUCGAUACAUUAACGACGCGAACUAUCUUUACGCCAUCGAUUCUGUCACGUCUCACGAAUUGGCUCAUCAAUGGUUCGGGAAUUUAGUGACCCUUGACUGGUGGACAUACAUCUGGUUAAACGAGGGAUUUGCUACCUACUUCCAGUACUGGGGUAUGUUAGGUCCCAAUCCGGGUUGGAACUUGAACGAACUCUCCAUCUACCGGGAUUUUCAAGGGGCUUUAAUCGUCGAUUCCACUGAAACCACCAAUCCCAUCACCUUGGCCGAUUGGAACGACCCGAGCAGUAGCACCAUAAUUUACGCCAAGGGUAGCCGCAUCCUGAAAAUGGUAGAGCUGUUGCUUGGUUUCGAUUUCUUCGCCGGUCUGAACACGUAUUUGGUAGACCUGACAUUUGGCAACGCCGUGAACGACGACCUGUGGCAACACCUCCAAGAUGCUACGUCGGCCGACCUCGGUGGUCACACCGUCAAGGAAAUCAUGGACACCUGGACCUUGCAACCAGGGUAUCCUUUGAUCACGGUUACCCGGGAUGAGGUCUCCGGUGAAUUGACCGUAAGCCAGCGACGUUUCUUCUCGGACCCCAAUGUUGAACCGGAUUCGACACUCUGGAUCGUGCCCAUCAGCGUCGCAACGCCUGAUUCCUCCGACCCACAACCUGUCUUAUUCUUGUCGGAAUCCGUGGGGUCCUUGACCCUCGACCCCAUGCCUGGGAACGAAGAUUUCUUUCUCCUUAAUGUGGACUCCUUCUCUUUCUACCGAAUUAAUUAUGAACCUCAAAACUGGAUGCUGUUGGCACAGCAAUUGGAAACGGAUCACUCUGUGAUUCCUGCCAAUAAUCGAGCCCAGUUCAUUGACGAUGCUUUCACAUUUGUAUCUUCGGGUCUGCUGCCAGACUUUACAAUCCCCAUGAGCUUUACCAGGUAUCUGGGAAUUGAAACUCGAUUCGUUCCCUGGGCGACAGCAUCGUAUCACCUUGACUACAUCUUCCGUAUGUUCAAAUUCACCGAAUCCUACCCUUUGUUCCAAAACUACCUAUUGAGUCUGUUGGAGCCUCUAUUUCCCGACACUCCCUUCGAGACCUUGGAGGAUAUCCCCGAGUCCUACCCGGACAUCACCGAUUGGUUCUAUGCCGACCUGAUCCAGAGCCUGGCAUGCCCGAUGGGAAUCGCGGAUUGCAGAGACCAAGCCUUCACCUUGUUUCAGCAGUGGAAAGCCUCGUAUGACACAAGCGAUCCGGACAAGAUCGUACUGAGUCCCAACGUCAAGGCGACGGUCUACGUCGAAGGUUUAUAUGUUGGAGACGUCGACGAUUGGAACUUCGCUUAUCAGCACUAUCAGUUGACGAAUUACGAAUCGGAGAGAAAUCUCAUGCUCAUGGCCAUGGCUUACUUUCCCGAUGCGGAUAUUCUGACCAACUUCCUUCAAGACAUUUUGUCUACCAGUUCCCCUCUUCGACAGGAAGACGGUGUCAGGGCUUUUAGAUACAUCGCUUUCAAUCUCGACGCUCGUCAACUCUCUUUCGAUUUCUUGUCUCAGAACUGGAACUCUCUCAAGAAUCGAUACGGGGAUAUGACUCCCUUCGUGGAAGCUUUCGUUGAUUUCAACACCGAGGCCGAUCGAACCGCGCUGUUGAACCUGAUGAACGCACAUCCCGAAGACGCCAACGCCUUCGCAUCCACACUGGCGAGGGUGGAGGUUAACCUGGCCUGGAUGGAGCGUCACUUCGACUUCCUUGUUGGAUGGCUGGGAUCGAAUGCCCUUUGA